AUGGGGGCUUAUUAUAGCCGUCAACGGUCGAAAAGAGACGGCUCUGUGACCAGUCACAAGCUUUCUCACAAACAAACCAACGGCCUCUCUCUUCUGGGAGUCUUGACUUCUCCAUUCCUCCCUGAUUUUCUGAACAACAACCCGACCCCCAAUGGCUAUCCGUGGAGCAACCUCAACUGCAGCACCAAUUACUAUGACACGAGUCCGAAAACGGGUGUCAUACGGUCCUAUGAAUUCACCGUCAGUCGGGGCGUCAUGGCCCCCGAUGGAUACCAGCGCAACGUUCUCUUGAUCAACGGCGCUUUCCCCGGCCCCUUGAUCGAGGCCAACUGGGGUGACACGAUCCAAGUGACUCUGCACAACAACCUCACCGGGCCGGAAGAAGGCACGGCGCUGCACUGGCACGGGUUCCUCCAGCAGGGAACGCCCUGGGAAGAUGGGGCGCCCGCGGUGACGCAGUGUCCCGUUGCGCCGGGUAAGAGCUUCACGUAUCAGUUUCAUGCAUCGCUGUAUGGGACGACGUGGUAUCACUCGCACUACUCUGCGCAGUAUGCGGGCGGGCUCUUUGGUCCCUUGGUGGUUCAUGGACCAAAGUCGCAGGACUACGAUGUCGAUGUCGGUCCCGUCAUGCUGUCUGACUGGUACCAUGAGGAUUAUUUUGAUCUGGUGGAGCGGACGAUGAGUACCGAGCCCGGAGCGAGCAGAUUCCCCUCAGACAACAACUUGAUCAACGGGAAGAUGGUCUUCGACUGCUCGCAAGUCACGGACGGCACGCCGUGCACCAGCAACGCCGGCAUCGCAAAGUUCAAGUUCCAGCGCGGCAAGACGCACCUCCUUCGGCUCAUCAACGCGGGAGCAGCCGGCACCCAGCGCUUCUCCAUUGACGGCCACAAACUGACCGUCAUUGCAAACGACUUUGUCGACGUUGAGCCCUACGAAACCGAGGUCGUCACGCUUGGCAUCGGCCAACGCAGCGACGUCCUUGUCAAAGCCGACGGCGACCUCGACGCCUACUGGAUGCGCAGCAACAUCAGCAGAUGCUCAUUUACCAACCAGCCAAACGCCCUUGCGGCAAUCUACUACGACGACACAGAUUCAGAGACUACUCCCGAGUCGACGCCCUGGGAUGUGCCUGACCCGGGAACUUGUAUCAACGAUGACUUGUCGUUGACGGUGCCCGUGAUGAAGCUUCCCCUUCCGGAGCCGGAUGUCACUAUUGACAUGGAGCUGGACCAGUUUCAAAAUGAUACAGGCCAUAACUUAUGGCGGCUGGAUGGGGUUUCGUUUCGAGGAAACUUUAACAGUCCGACACUGUUGCUGAGUAACCUAGGAAACCUCACUUUCGAACCGCAGUGGAGUGUGAGAAAUACCGGCGAUGCAAAGAGCGUCCGAGUGAAUCUCAUCAACAGAUCUCAUGUUCCCCACCCCAUGCACCUCCACGGCUUCAACAUGUACAUCCUCCACGAAGGCUGGGGCGAAUGGGACGGCGAGUCCAUCGUCCGGCCGUCCAACCCGCAGCGGCGCGACGUCUUCAUGGUGCGCGCGGGCGGGUACGUGGUGAUGCAGUUCGACGCGGCGAGCAACCCGGGGGUGUGGCCGUUCCACUGCCACAUCGCGUGGCAUGCGUCGGCGGGCCUGUUCACGCAGUUCCUGACGGCGCCGGACGAGGUGAGGCGGCUGAGGAUCCCGAAUGUUGUCGCCGAGACGUGUAGGCAGUGGGGAGGGUGGACGAAUACGAAUAUCCCGGAGCAGAUUGACAGUGGGCUUUAG